GUCAUUAGAAGGCCCAGGAGGAGCGGCCAUUACACAGCGGGUUUCUCUCGAAAAGGUCGCUCAGUUAACUAACCGAGCACAGCGGUUACACUGACUACCGACCGCUCACUAACUCGCUUUAAUUAGCGCAGUCUCACCCGAAACCUGAGGAACCGUUAAAGACCGGGACAGAGCUGUUCUACAGCAGCGACCACACCGCAGUUUCAACACCGAAAUACGAGGAGAAAGCGACGCCAGGCUCCGCUGUGCUAAGCUACUGUUAGCUACGCUGCAUUGCUAAGCGAAAAUUGAGCUAGUCUGUUAGCACGCUAAGUAACGUUUAACAGGGCUGAUUAGAAAAACCGCUGCGAUCGAAACAUUAGCUAAUCUCACACCACUAAAUUAGAAUUCGUUCUGCCUUAAGUAUAGAAAGAAAUAUUUCAAGACGUAGUAAAGAUGGACGAUAAAGCGUUCACUAAAGAAUUAGACCAGUGGGUGGAACAGCUGAACGAGUGUAAGCAGCUCUCCGAGAAUCAAGUGCGGACUCUGUGCGAAAAGGCUAAGGAGAUUCUGACUAAGGAGUCCAAUGUACAGGAGGUACGCUGCCCUGUCACAGUGUGUGGCGAUGUGCACGGCCAGUUUCAUGACCUCAUGGAGCUGUUCAGAAUUGGAGGAAAGUCACCCGACACCAACUACCUGUUUAUGGGUGAUUAUGUAGACAGAGGCUACUACUCAGUGGAAACAGUUACACUUCUUGUUGCGCUAAAGGUCCGUUUCCCGGAGCGCAUUACAAUAUUGCGUGGGAACCAUGAGAGCAGACAGAUUACACAGGUGUAUGGCUUCUACGAUGAGUGCUUGCGAAAAUAUGGCAAUGCAAAUGUGUGGAAAUAUUUCACAGACCUCUUUGACUAUCUACCCCUUACAGCCCUGGUUGAUGGACAGAUCUUCUGUCUGCAUGGUGGUUUGUCUCCAUCCAUAGACACGCUGGAUCAUAUUCGUGCUCUAGAUCGUCUACAGGAAGUGCCACAUGAGGGGCCGAUGUGUGAUCUGCUGUGGUCAGAUCCCGAUGACCGUGGCGGCUGGGGAAUCUCUCCCAGAGGUGCUGGUUACACCUUUGGACAGGACAUCUCUGAAACCUUCAACCACGCCAAUGGUCUUACCCUGGUCUCCCGUGCCCAUCAGCUUGUCAUGGAGGGAUACAACUGGUGUCAUGAUAGAAAUGUUGUCACCAUAUUCAGUGCACCAAACUACUGCUAUCGCUGUGGCAACCAGGCCGCUAUAAUGGAACUGGAUGAUACUCUGAAAUAUUCCUUCCUUCAGUUUGAUCCUGCACCCCGGCGUGGAGAGCCUCACGUCACUCGCCGCACCCCUGAUUAUUUCUUAUAAACACACGCUGGCACGAUGCUGGAACCCGACCUCUGAAGCGAACGACGUACAAUACGGCAAAUCCCGACAUAUAUACAUAUAUUCAUCCCAUUGCGUGUAUAUAUAUAUAUGGGGAUGUUACGACAUGAACGCACUAACAUGGACCAAAAUGUGCCAUAAAAGCAUCCAAUGCAGAAAUACAAAUUGCCCCGUGUCUCAGUACUGCUACACAGUGUCCCGUUUAGCCUUUAGUGCAAUUGCCUGCUGUAUACUAAAGAUAGUAAUGUUUUUUUUUUUGUUCUUGAACUGUUCAUGACUGAGCAAAAAAGUGAUAUCUAGCUCCCCUUUCAGUGUCACUGGACAAAUGGAUAUACUUUUACAUUUAGGUUGGCAAUGCCAGGCAUGUGAAAAAAGGUAACAUUUUAUACAAGUGCACAAGCUUACAUACUUUCCUGUCCUCACCAAAAACACUAUGCUAUCGGGAAUGAAUGCUACAUCUGAGGGAGAAGCCUCUUUUCUUUUUGGGAGUGUACACUUUCAUGAAUAUGGACCCCUAUCUUAACUCGGCUAUCUCACUUCGUCUACCAUAUUUUGUGUUGACUGUCUUUUCUGUGUAUUUGUCAUGAAGUGAUUGCCUCCUCUUUGGUGUAUUUGAACUAAUAAAGUCCUUUUAUCGCAAGCUACUCCACACACA